AUGUCUCUUGAGAUUAGAUCCUCACCGGAAAUAGUGUUAAAUCCUCUUACAAUUAGCCGAAAUGAAAAUGAAAAAGUUUUAAUAGAGCCAUCAAUUAAUUCAAUUCGUAUUAGUAUUAAAAUAAAACAGGCUGAUGAUAUUGAAA